AUUACUUAGAAAUUGAAAAAAAUAUUUAAUCGAAUUGAGAUAUCAAUCAAUGAAUAUGUUAGUAUUUAACAUAUACACAGGCAUAUACAUUAGCCUCAACUAACUGCAAGCCACAUCAUACAGCUACUACAAUUCCUACUUUACAUUUUUCAUCUCAGUCUUGUGAAUAUAUCUGUUCCGCGAAAUGAAAUCAUCUGAGCGAACAAUGUGUAGCGCCUCUCCCUACAAUCUCGACCUAGCGCAGUACAAGUUCGACUCGCCUCUCAAGGGCUGGGAACACCACGCGCCUCUGCCGGAGACCAAAUCAAUCGAUGGGAAAAGUUUCGACAAUCCCGAGAAGGGAACCCUAAGCGAAGCCUACGAGAACUUCACGACACCCAUAUCCAAUGGCGGGAGACAAGACACGCAAUUGCCUGGUUUCGAUGUCCAUGUCUACUUCAACACAGAUGAUGACUACCAAACACGCUACGCCAGGGAUCUCUGGAUGCGCAUCCGCCUAGAAUUCCCCGAACUCCGAGUCUACCCCAUCCACACAGCGCCCAAUGGCCCCCAUGCCCCCGGGAUGUUCGAAGUGGCGCUUUUCACUCCACAUCAAUUCGGGGCCUUUGUGAGCUGGCUUAUCGUGCACCGCGGGCCGCUGAGUGCCCUGGUGCACCCGAACACGGACGAUGAGCUGCGCGAUCAUCUGCUAAUGACGACGUGGCUGGGGCCUCCGGUGCCACUUGAUAUGCAGAGGUUUCGACUUCGCCCUGAGUGUGAGACGCUGGAUCGAAAGAACGGGAGCAUCACUAAAGUUCUGGCGACAGCAGACGGGCAUAUCAAGAAGGAGGUUCGGGUGAUCUGAUUUUGUCGAUCUGAGCUUGAUCAGCACCGUGUGAUGUUGGGAAAUUGGAGGGUUUGGAACAUACUCCUAUAGGGUGUUUUUUUGUCAGUGUAGAUUUCAAGUUGACUACAAGUAAUAUAUGUAUUCAAGCGAAGGUCUUUGCAAAAUGCGGAAUUCUGUCCUAGGAUGAUAAUAGUGAGGUUUUUGGUUUUUUGAUAGUCCUCUGGAUCUUGGAUAUCUUAUACGUGGCCAUUUGGCUAUUCCUCCUCCGGAAGCAGGAGGAAACACGAGAAAAUGGCCAUGGCAGGUUGAAUGAAGGAAACUCGGGGCUCUGCAAGCUUUCAACAAGUAACAUCCAUUGAAAGCAUAUCCUCCUCAUCAAUUGCUAUAUGGGAAUAAACCAAUCUAAUUGCUAACAGACUUUACGGCG